AUGGCAUCGAAGAACUACCUCAUCAGCUUCGUGCUGGCCCUCAUCAGCCUUUGGAACCUCGCUUUGAGUGCUCAGCCAAAACUUGACUACACCAAACCGAGUGCGGAAGUUGGUUUGCGUCUUAAGGGUUACGAUCCCAAAACCAGCCCUGGAUUUCCUCAUGAGUUUGGAUUUGGACACUAUUACCAGGGAGACAUUAUUCUAAGACCUACACUGUCGCCUAAGGAAGGGGGUCGGCUUGCACUGAAUGAUCAAUUCGUCAUCGAAAAAUGGUUCGCUGCUACUGUUCCCUAUGUCAUCCAGGGGAACUUCACUGAACGGGAACUGGGGCUUCUGCAGGAUUCCUUCGCACAGUUUGCCGCACAGACAUGCGUCCGUUUUGUGCCCCGCACCAACCAGCUUCACUAUGUGACGAUCACGAACGCCGACGAGGGCUGCUACUCGUACGUAGGACGCAGUCCUCACAACGAGUACAACCGGAUCAACCUGCAGACACCCGAGUGCUUCACGGACGUUGGAACACCGGUGCACGAGAUGAUGCACUCGAUCGGAUUUUUCCAUGAGUUCACUCGCUAUGACCGUGACCAAUACGUUACGAUCGACACAGCAAAUCUCCGUCCGGAAUAUCAAGAUCCCGAUUUCAUUGCGACCAACUUUGGCAUAAUGGAUCCUGCUAUUACCACAACGUACAACGUUCCGUACAACUAUCGCAGUGUAAUGCACUACUCGCGCUAUGCCGGCGCGAUCGGUCUCUGCUGUCCAGUGAUAAACAACACCAAACCGUACUUUGGAGACUUUGGUAGCAUCGCGGGAUUGACGCCUCUCGACACGAAACAGAUUAACGCAAAGUACUGUAAGAAAUCCGGCUUAUGA